AUGUGUAGAAUACUAAUACAGGAAGAGAAGCAUGGAAAGAAUCUAAUACAGGAAGAGAAGCAUGGAAAGAAUCUAAUACAGGUAGAGAAGCAUGGAAAGAAUCUAAUACAGGAAGAGAAGCAUGGAAAGAAUCUAAUACAGGAAGAGAAGCAUGGAAAGAAUCUAAUACAGGUAGAGAAGCAUGGAAAGAAUCUAAUACAGGAAGAGAAGCAUGGAAAGAAUCUAAUACAGGAAGAGAAGCAUGGAAAGAAUCUAAUACAGGUAGAGAAGCAUGGAAAGAAUCUAAUACAGGUAGAGAAGCAUGGAAAGAAUCUAAUACAGGAAGAGAAGCAUGGAAAGAAUCUAAUACAGGAAGAGAAGCAUGGAAAGAAUCUAAUACAGGAAGAGAAGCAUGGAAAUAAUCUAAUACAGGUAGAGAAGCAUGGAAAGAAUCUAAUACAGGAAGAGAAGCAUGGAAAGAAUCUAAUACAGGUAGAGAAGCAUGGAAAGAAUCUAAUACAGGAAGAGAAGCAUGGAAAGAAUCUAAUACAGGAAGAGAAGCAUGGAAAGAAUCUAAUACAGGUAGAGAAGCAUGGAAAGAAUCUAAUACAGGAAGAGAAGCAUGGAAAGAAUGUAAUACAGGAAGAGAAGCAUGGAAAGAAUCUAAUACAGGUAGAGAAGCAUGGAAAGAAUCUAAUACAGGAAGAGAAGCAUGGAAAGAAUCUAAUACAGGAAGAGAAGCAUGGAAAGAAUCUAAUACAGGAAGAGAAGCAUGGAAAGAAUCUAAUACAGGUAGAGAAGCAUGGAAAGAAUCUAAUACAGGAAGAGAAGCAUGGAAAGAAUCUAAUACAGGUAGAGAAGCAUGGAAAGAAUCUAAUACAGGAAGAGAAGCAUGGAAAGAAUCUAAUACAGGAAGAGAAGCAUGGAAAGAAUCUAAUACAGGUAGAGAAGCAUGGAAAUAAUCUAAUACAGGAAGAGAAGCAUGGAAAGAAUCUAAUACAGGUAGAGAAGCAUGGAAAGAAUCUAAUACAGGUAGAGAAGCAUGGAAAGAAUCUAAUACAGGAAGAGAAGCAUGGAAAGAAUCUAAUACAGGUAGAGAAGCAUGGAAAGAAUCUAAUACAGGAAGAGAAGCAUGGAAAGAAUCUAAUACAGGUAGAGAAGCAUGGAAAGAAUCUAAUACAGGAAGAGAAGCAUGGAAAGAAUCUAAUACAGGAAGAGAAGCAUGGAAAGAAUCUAAUACAGGAAGAGAAGCAUGGAAAGAAUCUAAUACAGGUAGAGAAGCAUGGAAAGAAUCUAAUACAGGAAGAGAAGCAUGGAAAGAAUCUAAUACAGGAAGAGAAGCAUGGAAAGAAUCUAAUACAGGUAGAGAAGCAUGGAAAGAAUCUAAUACAGGAAGAGAAGCAUGGAAAGAAUCUAAUACAGGAAGAGAAGCAUGGAAAGAAUGGUAAAAAUAUUAAGAAACGCAAUAUCUUGAAAAUGCCACAAUGA